AUGGACCAUUAUCCAACACCUACCAAGGCUGACACACCGCCGCAGCCCAUAACAGACAAUGGCGAGGGAACUGCGAAAGCUGCACCCUCACCGGAAGCUAUUCCAAGCUGGGCAGUAUCGCUUAUCGAUCGUGUACAGGAACUUGAAACUCAAGUGACGAAGCUCCAAAGAGAAGUUGAACUUUGCCGCAGCGCUGCUUGUACUCCACGCGGUGUGAAUCGUGAGUUGUCGCGCGAUGGGAAAGGAAAUCGCCCAUUGGAUUCGUGUCCGACGGCUGGCGAUGAUGUGGAUUCACCGUCACCAUUAGCAGUGCCGUCUCGAAUUCUUGAUUCUGCGCCCACUGCUCCAUCCGAAAGUGACGACAUCACACUGAUCAAUGGCGAAAGCCGGAGCAAGUUCAAGUCUGAAACGAAAUCUUCGCGUCCUACUGCCCCUGAUUCUGGUUUUGAGAAGCGGCAGCUGAUCGAAGACUACAUCCACUUGAACGACUUGAUCGUGACAAAUGAGACGGCAAUCAACGAUGCUCGUGAAUACGUGAAGAUGAUCAAGGAGGUUGACGAAAUGCAGACCGCGGAAAACCAAAGGCAGAUCAUGGAGCUUGUCGUCGAGAUCAACAAGAAAAAGGAGCAACGUUCCGCUGCGUUGGCUGCCUUGAUUACCCGCAGCUGGACUGGUGAAGAGGAAUCACAGAUGUUACUCUUGGUAAUAGAUUCAGCAGCACUAGGAUCAAAGAGCAGAGUGACACACCAAGAAUUGACGGCAGUAUUAACGAAGAUGAUGAAGAAGAGCAAGGAGAUGGACGACUUGGAGAAGCAGUUGCGUGACCAAGCUCAGCUGGUGAAGACUCUACCUCCUUCUGUGACGGAGGCUGGCAAAGCUCUACGAAGCAAGAAGAUCCGAGAACUGUCAUGCAGACUGUCCGAGGAGGAAAACGCGAAAGAAGAACUUGAGAACGACUGCCAACAAAUGUUGAGGUGCUUCUUGCAGAACGAUGCGGACGUCCGAGCGCUAGUGAAAAGACCAAUGGUGUGA